AUGGCUAAAGAUUUAUCUACUCCGUUGUCUCCGAUUACAGAGGUUUCCCCCUCACAGGAGGUUUCUCGGUCGGUCUCUGAUGUCGACAGCCCUACCGCGUCGGUGCUGUCUCGGCUGUUGUCAGUCAUGGACCAUAUGAACCAGAAGUUGGAUGCUGUGGUCUCCUUGUCCGAACAUAUCGGCUCGUCCCGCAGUGCCUCGGUAUCGGACCGUCGUCCUGACAAAGCCCCGAUGUUCACACCACCGGGGCCACCCCUCCGCCGCCACUACCUUUUCCACCGACCUGACCCCAUAUGCAGUUGUUUCCCCCACAACCGCACGACGCUGGUCCUGCCUUCGACUUUCCUCUGCCACAACGACAACAGCCGAUUCACCGAUUGGAGCUUCCGGUCUCCGACGGUUCUGAUGUCGAAGACUAGAUCGAUUGAAUCGAGCAGUUUUUUGAUGUUGGGGCUUACACAGAGCGGUAGAAAGUGUCAAAGGUUCGUUGUUGCUUCUCCGGCCGCGCCCUCAAAUGGUACCUUUGGCAGAAAGAUUUCGACCCAUUCCGCAGCUGGGCUCAUCUCAAACGCCGUCUGCUGA